AGGAAAUAUAUCAUACUUAUGAUGUUACCUAUUGCGCAGGAAAAUACAAUUGAUAAUUGUCGAUGCUACGGAAACCCAGCCAAAAAGGUUGCUGAACAAAAAGCUGCGCGUCCUCCACCUUGUUGUCCGUGUCCAUGUCCCGCUGAAAAAUGCAAAGUUACUUUACAAACUGUACAAAAGUUGGUCGAAGCAGAAAACAAAGAUAUUGAACUGUCUGAAGUUUUAGGCGGCAUCACGAUACUGGAUGAACGAACACCGAAAAAGAAAAUAAUCGACAUGUACGACGCCACGUCUAAAGAAAACCGUGAGGAGACCGAAAACAGCGUAGAUCCGCAGUAUUUAGCGUAUAUAAUGAGAUCAAUCGAGAACGGACUAAGCAUGAAGACUGAUCCGAUCCAAGUUUACGAACACCUGUUUUCCAAAGGUAACCCCGACGCUCCUCUAGUAGCACUUGGUCCUACAGCAGCCAUAUCAACUGAAGAUAUGGUCGUACCUCUUUCACCUCCAACCCUCAUCAACGUGAAAGAUCCGGAAAUGGAAAAAGGCGCACGUCUGGACACUAUUAUUCCCAGAAUCAACGUGGCCGUGGCAGAAGCGGCAGCAAUAGAUAAUGUCGACGAUUUGCAGGUAUUGCUAGGAGGGAGUUUUCCCGACAAACAGUCGUCCUCAACCGAUGACCAAGAGGCGCCCCGCAACAUGUUGUUAGAAACUAAAGAUCCCCAUCAAUCGGCGGCUGUGCUUAGGGGGUCUACGCCCCCUACUUGGUUCCCGGGCUACAACGUGGCUCUGCCGAACACUGCGCACCCGGCUUUGGAAACCGAUCCAGAGGCUGUUCUGGAUGAAGCUUGGUUUCACAGCCAGCCCCUGUCAUUAAAAUUAGAAGAGAAAGGCGCCAAGCUCAUUGGGUCUUAG